GGCAAAACGAGUGGCCCAUCUCUCUCACCUCUCCUCUUGUUUGUGGGCGACGUGAAACAAACCUCAUUGAAAGCCCAAGGAGAGUCACCAUGACAUCUAUCCUCUCCGACACUCCCACCAAUGGCCAACAUGACACUAACACUCUCUAGUUCCACUCUCUUCCACCUCACGACAAAACCCAGUUCGAGGCUCGCUCUAAGAAUCAGAGCCAAAGCCUCCAGAGCCACUGCCAUGGCCUCCAUAUCCACCAAAACCAAGGUGGUGCCUGCAGUCAUAGUCGGCGCCGGAAGGGUUGGGAAGGCCUUAAAUGACAUGGGUAAUUGUGAUGACUUGCUGGUCAAAAGAGGAGAGCCUGUGCCUCUUGACUUUGAAGGCCCAAUAAUGGUUUGUACUAGAAAUGAUGAUCUCGAGGCUGUUCUUGAGUCCACUCCAAGGCCCAGAUGGAACGAUUUGGUUUUUUUCCAGAAUGGAAUGCUGGAACCAUGGCUUGAAAGUAAAGGUCUUGGUGAUGCGAACCAAGUGUUAGCAUAUUUUGCUGUCUCCAAGCUGGGAGAACCUCCAGUUGAUGGAAUAACCGAUACCAAUCCUGAAGGACUGACAGCAUCAUAUGGGAAGUGGGCAUCUGCAGUAGCUGACAGAUUACAUGCUGGAGGCCUCACUUGCAAGGUUCUUGACAAGGAAGCAUUUCAGAAGCAGAUGUUGGAAAAGUUGAUAUGGAUUUCAGCAUUUAUGCUUGUUGGAGCUCGUCAUCCAGGAACAACUGUAGGUGGUGUAGAGAAAGACUACUGCUCUGAGGUUUCCAGCCUCAUUGCAGAGCUUGCCACUGCAGCAGCAGCUGAGAAGGGAUUGGUAUUUGAAGGAGCCAUGGAGGAUAGAUUAUGUGCAUACUCACGAGCUGUUGCCCACUUUCCUACUGCAGUCAAAGAGUUUAAAUGGAGAAAUGGUUGGUUCUAUUCCCUUUCUGAAAGGGCAAUUGCGGAAGGAAAGCCUGAUCCAUGUCCCCUACAUACGGCAUGGCUCAAAGAAUUGAAAAUUGUUUAGAGAAAACCCGACUUUAGUAUAUGAAUGAUUUGGAUCUCUCUCUGUUGGAGAUACGAGGAGUUAUGGGAUCUUGCUUCUCCUCUAUUAAUUAUGGAAUUUUCAUCGAUUUAGAUCUUUCAUCUUUGUGACUGUCAUACCGCAUCCUUAAUAUAAAUAAAAAGACCUUUGAUUUUCCCCCGUUUC